UUCAAAACUAGUGGUUUUUUUGCAACUGUUGGCUUUUGUGUGUUUCUUUGGUUUUCACUUCUGCAUUGGCUUAUCUAUGCUUUUUGUGUCUCUUUUGGUGCAAAAAAAGAGACUUUUUUUGCUUCUUUGGGUUCUCAAAGAAGAAGAUCAAGGGGGUUAAGUCUUGUUCUAUAGAUCACUGGUUCAAAGGUAACAACUUUUUUCUCUUGGAUUCACAUCUUAACUUUGGAGGCAAUGGAGUAAAUCUGAGUCUUGAAUUUGGAGGAAAAAGCAAUUUGUUUCUCAAAUGUCUUCUGGGGAAUUACAUAGUGAAUUGUCUAAGAAGACAUCAUUUUUGGGUCUCAAACUAUGGGUUGUAAUGGGCUUAUGUGUUGUUGUAUUUAUCGUCGGGAUACUCUGUAUGCUGUCACUAUGGGUAACAUGUAGGAGAAAAUCUAGAAGAACGCUUGACGGGUAUUCACAUUGCCAAAUACCCAAUAUUUCCAAGGAUAUCAAGGUUGACAGAGUUGGCGCUGAGAAUGUCCACGAUCAUCCUCAAAGCUUAGUUCUGACCAUUAAUAAUGAUAAAUCAAAUGAAAUGACAUCAGAGAAGAUGUUUGUCCACUUAAAUAGGAGCAAAUCGAGCGAUGCUGAUAACAUUAGUCAAUGCAGUUCGAUAUAUCAUCACGAAAGGGGGUUUAGUUCACAGUCAGGGGAAGAGGGUAGUUCAGGGACAGUGAGGAAACAACCGUCGUAUGGAAUUGCAAUGCCUUCUCCUUUGAUUGGCUUGCCAGAAAUCUCACAGCUCGGGUGGGGCCACUGGUUCACGCUUAGAGAUCUUGAACUUGCAACAAGCCGUUUCUCUGCAGAGAAUGUGCUUGGUGAAGGUGGAUAUGGUGUAGUUUAUAAAGGCAGGUUGAUCAAUGGGACAGAAGUCGCAGUGAAGAAGCUCCUAAAUAAUCUUGGCCAAGCGGAGAAAGAAUUUCGGGUUGAAGUAGAGGCAAUUGGUCAUGUUAGACACAAGAAUCUAGUGCGUCUUCUUGGUUAUUGCAUUGAAGGUGUUCACAGGAUGCUGGUUUAUGAGUAUGUCAAUAACGGAAAUUUGGAGCAGUGGCUGCAUGGAGCUAUGAGACACCAUGGCACACUUACAUGGGAAGCCCGCGUUAAGGUUCUCCUUGGUACUGCAAAAGCGCUUGCGUACUUGCAUGAAGCCAUAGAACCUAAAGUUAUCCACCGAGACAUAAAGUCUAGUAAUAUCUUGAUUGAUGACGAAUUCAAUGCCAAGGUCUCUGAUUUUGGAUUGGCAAAACUCUUGGACUCAGGAGAGAGCCACAUCACCACCAGAGUCAUGGGCACAUUUGGAUAUGUGGCUCCAGAAUAUGCUAAUACUGGAUUGUUAAAUGAGAAGAGCGAUAUUUACAGUUUUGGUGUUCUACUGCUAGAAGCAGUGACCGGUAGAGAUCCUGUGGACUACAGCCGUCCUGCUAAUGAGGUACCGAGAGUUAAUCUUGUUGAAUGGCUCAAAAUGAUGGUUGGAAAUCGGAGGGCUGAGGAAGUUGUGGAUCCUAACCUUGAAGUUAGGCCUAGUACUCGUGCUUUGAAACGGGCGCUACUGGUUGCACUUAGAUGUGUUGAUCCUGACUCAGAAAAACGACCCAGAAUGAGCCAAGUAGUUCGAAUGCUUGAAACUGAAGAAGUUCCGUAUCGCGAGGACCGACGAAACAGAAGAAGUAGAACAGCCAGCAUGGAAAUAGAAUCAGUAAAGGAGAGUUGCAGCAGUUCAGCUGAUGUGGAAAGCAAGGUGGGGAGAGCAGAUAGCAGUACAUCUGAUACAAUUCAUGGAUAGGGACUCUGACACACAUGCACAUGACUCUUCUAAGUGGAAUGUAUAAUUGCAUUUUAUUACCCCCCCAACAAAAACCAUCCCCAUUGAGAUUUAAAAGCUUUCAGUAACCCAAUGAAGGAUUUUCCAAGUUGGUUUUCUGGAAAGAUUCCUCUGAAUGACAGAAUGGUAGUAAUUGAAUUUAUGACAGGUCGGCCCCCACUUGGUAUUUGAAGCAUUGGCUCUUCUUUCAGUGCUGCUUCUGUUGGCAGCUAGCUGCAUGAAAAUGAGGACUCUUGCCAUGUCAUACUAGUAGAGAGAGAGAGAGAGAGAGAGAGAGAGAGAGAGAGAGUAGAGAGAGAUUAUUUAUGUACAGAUAUGUUUUGAGUAUUAUGUGUUAUUGUUCUUUCUAAAUACAUUUUGAUCAUCA